AGUGAGACAAAUAUAUGUUUUUUCACUCUAACUUAUUGCACCAGUUCAGCAGUGCAGAUGAAAAGUGGUCUGUUCUUUUCGGCUGACUGCUGAACUGGUGCAAUAAGUUAGAGUGAGACAAGUAUAUUUUUCUCACUCUAACUUAAACAAAACAAUAACUUAAACAUAAACAAUAGGGAAGUAAUAAUCUAAUUAGAGGAAUAUCAAAAGCUGGGACAGGAAGAAAUUAACCGUGGACGAUCGUCUAGGUGCAAUGUCGUGUCAAUUACACAAGGCACUUUUGCGUUAUUACAAGCAAUUACACAGUCUUUACGACGAGUGGUUGAAAAUUAGCAAAGAAAUUAAUAUAUCACUUACAGCUUUGACUGAUCAAAAGACAGCACUUCGACUUAUCAGUGAUGAUGCAGACUAUGAUGAGGUUGAUAUUGAUGAGGAGCUGCGACACAGAUUGAUGUUUAACAUUCUUAUGGUUCUUGAUGAGGAACAGGAUCAUCUUUUUAAAGUUAUGUUGCAAUUCAACCAUAUCAUUCAGGAUUUGGCAAAUUUAUUCCAUAAUAUGAUACAAGCCAGGAGUAAAGUAUCUGUGAUAGAUGAGGAAAUGAGACUAUUAAUUAAGGGAUCACAUUGUCGACCAAAGCUCGAUUUACUUAUGCAAUGGGCUACUAAGUCUUUGGAAUAUUUUAACAAAUUAUAUCAUUGUAUCAAUUCCGAGGUAAAGUUACUUGAUUGCAAUAAGAUGAAGACAGUAGAUAAGGUACGUGUAGCCCUCAAAGAAGCCGAUAAAGAGAGAAUAACUAUAAAGAAAAUACUUGCUCAUACACAAUAUAUGAUUGAUGAGGAAUUUCUUCGCGUAAAACAUAAAGAACCAAGUAUCCAAAAAAUUAUAGACCCAACAAUGUUGCAGAAAGUCACCGAACAAUAAAACAAAAAAUUUUUCUAUUGUAUUUUUUGUAUUGUAUUUUUUAAAUUACAAUGAUUCUCGUGUGUCUGAAGGUAAAAUUAUUUAUGUAAUAAAUGUUAUUUAUUAUA